CACCUCUUUUUACUUCUUUUUCUCUCAGUCUCUCUCUUUCUGUCAGUGGGCAGGAACAUGAGCGUCACAGACAAGUCUUAGUGUAACCAUUAAAGCCUCUCGAGCCACAACCCCUCUCUUCUGACAUGAGUCUCCUUUAACUCUUGACCACAGGGAUUUUGCCUUCACAAAAUUACUCUAGCAUUUGAACCGUUUACCUGUUAUUGUUCUCUCGGAUUGAAGGGAUGUUUCCACUGCUUCUCUUAUUGUGCCUGCCACCUGCCUUGGCAGCUGUGGAUUGUAAUACUGAGUACAAGAAUGGUUACCAAGUCAGACUCAGUAUUAAAACAGCCCUUGGAGAUCAAGCCUAUGACUGGAACGAGAGUGAGAUGUUCCUCUUCAGAGCCACCAUCGCCUUUGCCAUGAGGAAAUUCAACAAGACUGAGGCGUAUGAGGUUUCCAACAUUGUUGUGUGCAACCAGACGCCAAGGGUUUCAUUUUGGUUCAUUGUGACAUCGCCUGAAGACCCUGCCCAAGCAAUCUCAAAGAACAUUGUGGAGCAGGCUGUCAGGGAGUCCCGCAACCGCAUAAACAACGCCUUCCUGCUGACCGACAAGUCGCUCGAGUUUCUGGGCAUCCCACCAACACUGGCAGCCCCCAUCAUCCCUGCCACCCCUCCCUGGCUCAUCGUCUUUGGGGUGGUAAUCGGUGCAGUCUGCGCCGGCAUCGUUGCUUUGCUCGUGACUUCUUUUGUCAAGAGGAGACGUGAGAAGAAGGCAAAGGUGGUCCCUGAGGAGGAGGAUCAGGCUAAAGGAACUGAUAAGGCUGUCACCGGUGAGACAUUUGAGGACAGAAAUGGAGUUUAUAACCUGGGCUUCGCAGACGAUGACCGUUUCACCCAGCUGUAGAGGCCUCUGAGCUACAAGCACACACCCAGGCGGGAUUCACCAAUCAUCACUCCAGUGGACCUCGACUCCACUCUCUUCUGAUCCGUGACAUUUCAAGGAAACCUUGACGAAUGAGUCAUGCUCAGUUUAUGAUCGCAUGACCCAUACCGCAGUCAACUGUUUUGCUUCCUCAACUUAACAUAUGCCAAGCAGCAACAGCAAAGCACUCCUCGUUGUAUUGUGCAACACUAUUCAGUGUAACGCAACAAUGUUAUACAACUUCAUGUCGUUUUGAAAGAGUUUUGCUAUGGUCAACACCUUCAAGGGAUUAAACAGGUUAAUGUGUUGCCCAUAUAAAUCUCAACAAAGGCCAGUCACGUGACACUGUAAAUGUUAUACUUCUGCUGCUUGGAAGACAAAAGCUAUAUUUUCAGAAAUUUGUAUUUUGUAGUUUUUAGAUGAGUUGUACAUAGUCCGUCUGUCAAGGCCUCUCUGAUCACGUGCACCUGUGAGUUUUUAUGGCUUACCAGAUAAAAAAUGUUUUGGUCCGCAGUACUAAAGCUCAUUCACCUGAAGAAGUUAUGCAACAUUCAAGCAACUUAUGUUUUAUAGAAUCUGGUAAAAUGGGAUUGGGGCUUCCUGGUUGCUUUCCUAUCCACAGACCAAAACUGUAAAUAAGACAAAUAAAACACUAAACAAAGUCUGA